AUGACUCAAAAACACGAUCAAAAUAAGGCAGAGAUAGAGCGAAAGAAUGAGAAAGAAGGGGAUACCGAUCCUUUCGGCUAUGCCUCACAGCCUAGUCCCGCCACGAUUACUGCAGGCGAGGCCUCUGCCUCCGAAGGGGAUGAAGGCGGAAUAAACACUUCCCAGCAGAAUAAUCUCACUGAGCUUGCCCGUCGCAUUUCCCAUAUUUCAAUACAAGGCAGUAUUGACACACAGCAUGCUGCAGCCGAUAUCAACCCAUUUAUAGACUCUGAAUCCGACCCGGAAUUAAACCCCAACAAUAAAAAGUUUAAUGUGCGCAAAUGGAUGAAAUCCAUUCUCCGUAUUACAUCGAGAGAUCCGGAACGUUACCCCAGACGCACCGCGGGUGUUUCGUUCCGCAGCUUGAACGUACACGGCUACGGUUCAACAGCCGACUACCAAACAGAUGUUGCUAAUAUUUGGUUGAAAGCGUUUGGGAGGCUGAAGAGUUUAGUUGGGUUUGGUGAGAAAGUCCACAUCGACAUUUUGCGUGAUUUCGAAGGUUUAGUAAUGAGUGGAGAGAUGUUGAUCGUGUUGGGUCGGCCAGGAAGCGGUUGCUCGACCUUUCUCAAGACCAUAGCUGGUGAGACUCAUGGUUUAUACAUGGACAAGAAUAGUGAUGUUCAAUAUCAGGGUAUCUCCUGGGAUCAAAUGCAUAAAAAUUUCCGCGGCGAAGUCAUCUAUCAGGCGGAAACUGAGACCCAUUUCACUGACUUGACUGCUGGUGAUACCCUUUAUUUUGCCGCGCGAGCUCGUACUCCAGCGAACCGGCUCCCUGGUGUUAAUCGAGAUCAAUACGCCUUGCACAUGCGCGACGUUGUUAUGACCAUGCUCAGUUUAUCGCACACGAUAAACACUAAGAUUGGAAAUGAAUACAUUCGAGGGGUAUCUGGUGGUGAACGGAAACGUAUUAGCAUUGCUGAAACUACUCUUAUCGGAAGCCCGCUACAAUGCUGGGAUAACAGCACCCGUGGCCUUGAUAGUGCUACGGCGUUGGAGUUUGUGAAGUCACUACGUCUUUCCACCAGAUAUUCAGCCACAACGGCUAUUGUAGCCAUCUACCAAGCCAGCGAGGCAAUUUACGACAAUUUUGAUAAAACGACUGUUUUAUAUGAGGGCCGACAGAUCUAUUUUGGAAACGCCGCUUAUGCUAAACAAUACUUUGUUGAUAUGGGAUUCCACUGUCCAGAGAGGCAGACCACAGGGGAUUUUCUCACGUCCUUGACCAACCCAGAGGAGCGACGGGUCCGCGAGGGAUUUGAAUCGCUUGUUCCACGUACCCCCGACGAAUUUGCAGCAAGGUGGAAGCAAAGCCCUACUCGGGAAGCUCUCCUCGCAGCAAUAGAUGCUUACCAGAGUCAAUACCCGCUUGGAGGAGAACAAUUGGAUAGGUUCCACGCUUCUCUCAAUGCUCAAAAAUCAAAAUCUAAUCGAUCCAACUCCCCCUACACUAUUUCAUACUGGAUGCAGAUCAAAUUAUGCAUAUGGAGAGGGUUCCGACGCUUGAGGAACGAUAUGUCGAUGACCUUGACUUCUGUUAUCGGAAACAUCAUGAUGUCUUUCGUUGUCUCCUCGAUGUUCUACAAUCUCCCUAGUGAUACCAGCAGCUUUUUUAGCCGUGGCUCGUUGCUCUUUUUUGGCAUUCUUAUGAAUGGCUUUGCAAGCUCUUUAGAGAUUAUGACCCUUUGGCGUCAACGACCCAUUGUGGAAAAGCAUGACAAAUAUGCCUUAUAUCGCCCAUCUGCCGAAUCAAUAAGCUCAAUUAUUGUUGAUCUGCCUUCGAAGUUAUUGUCAUGCGUUGUCUUCAACCUCGUUCUAUACCUCAUGACAAAUCUACGCCGCACCCCUAGUGCCUUUUUUGUUUUUCUGCUCUUCUCAUUUUCUACUACGUUGACUAUGUCCAACAUCUUUCAUUCAGCCGCAGCGAUCUCAAGAACUCUUGCGCAAGCAAUGGUCCCUUCGUCACUAGUUAUGCUUGCCUUGAUUAUGUAUACUGGAUUCGCAGUUCCCUUGCGCGAUAUGGUUGUCUGGUUCCGCUGGAUAAACUAUAUUAACCCAAUUGCUUAUGCCUUCGAAUCGAUAAUGAUUAAUGAGUUCCAUGAUCGCUGGUAUCCAUGUGCCAGUUUUAUUCCAGCGGGACCUGGCUACGAGCAGUUCGGCAAUGAAUCGAAAAUCUGCGUAGGUACUGGUGCUGUCGCAGGACAGAACUACAUUAGUGGGGAUGCCUUUCUCAAUUCAUCUUAUGAAUAUUACGCCGAGAAUCUGUGGCGAAACUUUGGCAUCAUCUGUGCUAUAUUUGUCUUCUUUUUUUUGGUAUGCAUCAUCGCUUCGGGACUGGUCGUUGCUAAGCCUUCCAAGGGUGAGGUUCUCGUCUACCCCCGCGGAAAAAUGCCCCCUGAGCUUACUCAAAAACACACAAAAAAAGCUACGGAAGAUUUGGAGGCGGCUAGAACCUCUUCGGACGAAAAGCAAAGGAUUGAGCAAAAUCGGCUUGAGCAGGUUGCCUCGAUUGUCAAGCAAACUUCUGUUUUCCAUUGGGAAAACGUCUGCUACGAUAUCAAAAUAAAGGGUAAACAAAGACGGAUCUUAGAUCAGGUGGAUGGCUGGGUUAAGCCCGGGACUUUGACGGUUUUAAUGGGGAUUUCUGGUGCUGGAAAAACUUCUCUUCUCGACGUCUUAGCCAAUCGUGUCACAAUGGGUGUGGUUACAGGCGAGAUGUUAGUUGACGGCCAGCUUCGUGAUGACUCGUUUCAGCGCAAAACCGGAUAUGUGCAGCAAAAUGAUUACCUGCAUACAGAAACCAGCACUGUUCGUGAAGCUUUAAUCUUCAGCGCACUCCUUCGGCAGCCGUCCACCAUUCCACGUGCCGACAAAAUUGCCUAUGUCGAAGAAGUCAUCAAGAUGCUAGGCAUGAACGAAUAUGCUGAUGCGAUCGUAGGGAUCCUUGGCGAGGGCUUGAAUAUUGAGCAACGAAAGCGGCUCAGUAUCGGUGUUGAAAUUGCCGCCAAGCCAGAUCUGUUGCUCUUCUUCGAUGAACCUACCUCCGGUCUUGACAGCCAGACGGCCUGGUCUAUUUGCGCAUUGAUGCGAAAGCUUGCAGAUCACGGACAAGCUAUUUUGUGCACCAUCCACCAACCGUCAGCCAUUCUAAUGGAGACAUUUGAUCGACUGUUAUUUUUGGCUGAUGGCGGGAAACCAGUUUAUUUUGGAGAGCUUGGGGAGAACAUGAAUACCCUAAUUAAAUAUUUCGAGAACAAGGGAGCCCCUAAGUGUCCACCGGAUGCAAAUCCUGCUGAAUGGAUGCUGGAAGUUACUGGUGCUGUUCCUGGCUCACAAACUGAUAAAGACUGGCCGGAAAUUUGGAAUUCAAGCGCCGAGCGGGUUAAAGUGCGGCAAGAGUUAGCUGUUAUGAAGCAAGAAUUACUUCAGAAGUCCCAGCUAGUAAAAGCAGAGGGAUACUCGGAAUUUGCAAUGCCCCUCUGGUACCAGUAUCUCAUUUGCCAGCAGCGAAUGUUUCAGCAGUAUUGGCGUAGUCCAGGAUAUGUUUAUGCCAAAGCUUCUCUUGCUCUUGUUACACCACUAUUCGUAGGAUUCUCUUUCUACAAAGCGGAGACAAGUCUUCAGGGCUUGCAGAAUCAAUUAUUUGCAGUCUUUAUGUUUCUGACCGUGUUUCCCGUGAUUGCCCAACAGAGCAUGCCCUAUUUUGCGGCGAUGAGAUCGCUAUAUGAAGUACGCGAACGACCGUCAAAGGCUUAUUCAUGGAAGGCCUUUAUGCUUUCAAGUAUCGUGGUAGAACUUCCUUGGAACACCUUAAUGGCUGUGCCGGCGUUCUUCGCCUGGUACUAUCCAACUGGGUUUCAGCGACAUGCCGGCGAUAACGUGACCGAACGCAGCGGGACAAUGUUCCUCCUCAUCUGGAUUUUCCUCGUGUAUGGUUCCACGUUAAGUUCCAUGGUAAUUGCGGGGAUCGACCUGGCCGAAACAGCUGGAAAUGUCCUGCAGUUUCUCUUCUCCAUGACCCUCAUCUUCUGCGGAGUUCUCGCUACACCUGAAGCCAUGCCUCGUUUCUGGAUCUUCAUGUACCGGAUCUCUCCCUUCACUUACUUUGUUUCUUCUGUGCUCUCCACCGGAGUGGCCGGUGCUGAUGUCCAAUGCUCCUCCAUCGAGGUGUUAAAAGUUCAUCCUCCCCAAGGAAGGACAUGUUUACAGUAUUUUCAGCCAUUCAUGUCUCUUUCCGGCGGUCGUCUCAUCAAUCCAGACUCUACAGACGUGUGUGAAUUCUGCCCGACCGCAACAACCGAUGAAUAUCUUGCGCGGAUAAACAUAUACUUCGACGAUCGCUGGCGCAACAUUGGUGCGUUCCAGUACUCUUAA